AUGCCUGAAAAUGAGUUUGAAAUCAUUGAAGGGGAACUGAUCAAUUCCCCAACUACAACAUACGAGGCACAGAAAUGCCUUGGCUGUGGAACCAACGGACUGGUCAUCCAAUGCAGGGAUGUGAGAACCAAUGACACGGUGGCAAUAAAAAUGUUUAAAAGGAAGACAGACAUUGAGUUUGCGAAGGAAGAGGAGGAAAUCUUAAGAGCCUUGGAGGACCUACACUCAGAAUGGUUCAAUGUUGUCAGAUUGAACAGCUCAUUCACCUACAAGAGCCAUUAUUGUCUAGUGUUUGAGCUCCUAGACAUGGAUCUGCUGAAAUUCAUGAAGAUCAAUCCGGGUAAUCGCCUUCAGCUGAAGGAAAUCCGCCCCAUUCUGCAGCAGCUGGCUACAUCAUUGGACUUUCUGAAAAGCGCAGGGGUCGUCCAUUCAGAUUUAAAGCCUGAAAACAUUAUGAUGGUGGAUCAUAUCAGGCAGCCACUGAAGGUGCAAGUCAUUGACUUUGGCUUAGCCUGCAACAAUCCUGAGGAAAAGAUAGGACACACCCUCCAGACCUUGUAUUACAGAUCUCCUGAGAUUCUGCAAUGUGCACCUUUCGACGAGGCCAUCGACGUUUGGUCGCUAGGCUGCAUUGCUGCAGAAUUGCUUAUGGGCAUGCCACUGUUCCCUGCCCAGGAUGAGGACAGCUUGAUUAAUCAGUCCUCGGGAGAAGACGCCAAAGCUGAGAACUGUGACCUGGAGAGCUUUAACGAUCUACUGGCACAGAUGCUUAUGACGAAUCGGUUCGAAAGAAUUGACCCAAGACUAAUUCUCCAGCAUCCAUUCCUGUCGAUGAGCCACCUUCAGGGACGGUUCAAAAACAGCCUCUAUACGAAAUCGUCUGAGGGUCUGAUGGACAUCUGCGAGGAACAGAGCUAUGGCGAUGGAGCAGAUGUAGACCACACGGUCCUGCAAAAGUCCCCGAAGGAGGACUCCUCAAGCAGCCCAGCCAUGGAGGGCAGCCCUGCUGGGAUGGGAGGGGAGAAGCAUUCCUAUUCCUUCUUGCAGAACUUCAUCAGCAGUCGGAAAAAAGAAGAAAUGAACGCAAAACUGAAAGCCGGGCAAAGGAUGCUAGAAAUCAGUAUGCCUGAAAAUGAGUUUGAAAUCAUUGAAGGGGAACUGAUCAAUUCCCCAACUACAACAUACGAGGCACAGAAAUUCCUGGGCUGUGGAACCAACGGACUGGUCAUCCAAUGCAGGGAUGUGAGAACCAAUGACACGGUGGCAAUAAAAAUGUUUAAAAGGAAGACAGACAUUGAGUUUGCGAAGGAAGAGGAGGAAAUCUUAAGAGCCUUGGAGGACCUACACUCAGAAUGGUUCAACGUUGUCAGAUUGAACAGCUCAUUCACCUACAAGAGCCAUUAUUGUCUAGUGUUUGAGCUCCUAGACAUGGAUCUGCUGAAAUUCAUGAAGAUCAAUCCGGGUAAACGCCUUCAGCUGAAGGAAAUCCGCCCCAAUCUGCAGCAGCUGGCUACAUCAUUGGACUUUCUGAAAAGCGCAGGGGUCGUCCAUUCAGAUUUAAAGCCUGAAAACAUUAUGAUGGUGGAUCAUAUCAGGCAGCCACUGAAGGUUCAAGUCAUUGACUUUGGCUUAGCCUGCAACAAUCCUGAGGAAAAGAUAGGACACACCCUCCAGACCUUGUAUUACAGAUCUCCUGAGAUUCUGCAAUGUGCACCUUUCGACGAGGCCAUUGACGUUUGGUCGCUAGGCUGCAUUGCUGCAGAAUUGCUUAUGGGCAUGCCACUGUUCCCUGCCCAGGAUGAGGACAGCUUGAUUAAUCAGUCCUCGGGAGAAGACGCCAAAGCUGAGAACUGUGACCUGGAGAGCUUUAACGAUCUACUGGCACAGAUGCUUAUGACGAAUCGGUUCAAAAGAAUUGACCCAAGACUAAUUCUCCAGCAUCCAUUCCUGUCGAUGAGCCACCUUCAGGGACGGUUCAAAAACAGCCUCUAUACGAAAUCGUCUGAGGGUCUGAUGGACAUCUGCGAGGAACAGAGCUAUGGCGAUGGAGCAAAUGCAGACCACACGGUCCUGCAAAAGUCCCCGAAGGAGGACUCCUCAAGCAGCCCAGCCAUGGAGGGCAGCCCUGCUGGGAUGGGAGGGGAGAAGCAGUCCUAUUCCUUCCUGCAAAACUUCAUCAGCAGUCGGAAAAAAGAAGAAAUGAACGCAAAACUGAAAGCCGGGCAAAGGACCAGUCAACUCCAAUCCCAGAUAAAAGGGCCCAAGUGGGAAAACGGGUCCACCACAGUCCCCAAGAAGAAGAAGAGGGACGCCCCGACAUCCUACUGCAACCCCGCAAAAAAGAGAAAAAGAUGA